UAGCUAGCAGGACGGUUUGAGAGACAGCUGUACUUAUUAACGUAAAUAAUAAACAGUUUCGGUGGGAAACAGUUCGAAGAAAUGAAUGAAGGAUGCAUAAGGGUGCCCCUUGGCUACACGGUAAUUAAAGCUCCUCUUUAGCUGUGACUGCUGAGCAGAUGAGUGUCUCAUCCAAAGUGACCAUGCAUCCAUUCGGCUGUGACGCCGAGACCUCGCUUCAGGACCUGUUUGAGUACUUCAAGAGUUGCCUGCAGCAUGGGGAGUGGGAGCUGGCGAGCGCCUGUGUUCCACAGCUGGUUAACUCAGCAGGAGAACUUUCAAGAAACCUGCUAGACAUAAUCAAAGCUAUUAUCUGCCAUCCUUACAGUUUAAAAUGGGAGUCAGUUGGCAGUCCACAUAAACUGGCUUGGUUUUGGCUGCAGGUCUUGGAGAAGUGGACAGAAGAUCGGAUUCCUCCCCACAUCAGACGACAGCUGGAGUUUCUACUUGUCCUGGAUGAACUGGGGUCAGAGGGCAUACCAGAGACUGUUCUUAAGGAGUUGCAAGAGGCUUUUUUGGCCAAACAGUCGAGGGCAGGAACAACACUUGCUGCUGUUGAGUCUUGCCUACAAACUCUGUUGGAGAGAAAGAAACCAAGACUUGCCCAGACUAUAGCACAUUUCUUACAGGACCAGCCAUGCUUUGAAGGCCAUACUCUUCAGCACACUUUCAUCCAACAUAUGAUGAAGAAACUUGAAAAUCCAGAGAAAAGAUCGGAGAAGAUGGAGGAGUGGGUAGAUGAGAUUUACACGGUGCUGGCUCUCAUGCCACAGAGCUCAGGUGGAAGUGAUGGGCAGUUGGUGACACUGUGUGAAACACUGUGGGCGGCCAGAGAUGGACCCCUGAAAGAGGAGAGGAUCCUCAGCUCCUUGCUGCGCCCUCAGUGUGACUCUCUCAUCUCGAUUUACUGCUGCACCGCUCUAAGGCUGCAGAGGGAUUAUCUGCUGAAGAUCUCCCCUGAAACGCAAGUGGAACUUCCUGAAGCAGAGAAACUCACCCUUAGUUUAUGUUGCCACAAGGAUCGUCUGUCAUCUUGGAAGACCAUCUUUUUUGAGUGCCUUAGUAGUGGAAAGCAUUUCCUUGAGCAGGUCUUGGUUACUGCACUUGACCUGAUUAAACAUGAGGAGUUCAGUCAGCUGAAAAAUUUGCUGCAGUCGGAGUUCCAGCCGUUGUCUCGUCUCCUGCUGCUGCUGGGAUGGACUCAGUGUCGCACCCUGAGCUCAGCUCAGAUGCUUCUCACCAUCCUUCACAAAGAACAGGCUGCAGCCAAUGACUCUGUUCUGCAGGAGUUUGCUAAUCUUUUGUCAUCUCAGCUUGAAGUACUUGAAUGGUGUAAAAAUAACAAUCCAGGGAUUUCCAUGGAGGCGUUGCUAGCACAGCUUCACACUCUGGACAAUCACUCAGCCCUCUAUAUUCUGCACUCUUUGACUCCUUUGGCUCAGUUUGAAGAACGCAGGAUAUUAGAUCUACUCCAACAACUGCCAAAUUUACCUGAAACAGAAGACACUGCAGUCAGUCCUCUGAACCCUGCUGUGCAGAGGAAUGUAGUUUUGUUCCAGGGGUUCUGUGCCAUGAAAUAUGCCAUUUAUGCACUCUGUGUAAAUGCACAUAAAUUUUCAAACUGCACAGAGUGCGAGACUUUGCAGCAUCACCACUCUUCAGAAGAAGAAAUAGACCAAAACAAGACCUCAGCUUCCUCAGAGGGUUAUCAUUAUAUGUUCCAGCACUACCUAUCAGAGUGCCAGCUCUACCUGGAGACUGUGCCUGCCAUGUUCCGCCUGGAGCUCCUGGAGAACAUCUUCUCCCUUCUCUUUCUGUCCACCUCUGACUUUUCCCAACAGAUUCAAAAAGACUCUAAUUCAAACACAAGAAACGACUGUGAUGCAGAAUGCUUGUUAAGCACAAGAAACAAUAAUGUAGAAGCAGAAACUAAAGCAAACACGGAUGGCUCUGAACACAGAAUGAGGGAGAACCAAAAGCUGCAGCUGUGCUCAUCAUCAGCACACUGUGGUCAUCUGGAUUUAGGACACUUCAUUCAGGGCUGCAGGGGGUUUCUGGUGGACGUGACUGCCAUGGAAGGGUUUCUUAAGCUGCUAAAAGAAGGGUUGGAGGGUAUGUGUGUGGUUGGCCAUCUGGAUGGACAGGAGGCAGGAAGAGCACUGGCCAGAGAGGCUGAAGCGGUGGCGAGCCUGGGCUGCUCGAUGACUGCUGAGACAUUCGGGGCCCGUUUGCAGAGGCUGUCCAAACGCACUGCAGAGACUCAGUGGAGGCUGCAGAUCAUCACCAGCAACCAGGGCAAUGGUGACGGUUUGGAAAGUCCAUUUCAGAUGUCGGCAUUCAACUUUACUGCUGCUCCUCUGGGACGCAGCAAGAGCUCAAGCCAAAGGCGGAGAAGGAAGCCAGCGAGACACACCGCAGAGAGACAAACGUCUGUGGAGAAACAUAAUGGAGAAGUUAGCACAAGUGCAUCAGAUGGUGGAGGAGGACCAGCAACAGGUUCUGUGGAUUUGGAGUUUUGUCCAUGUGGCGGUCCUCACAGUUGGCUGGUCCCAGCCAUGUUGUCUCCUCCAGAAUCUCUGCUAAUGUCCUGCAUCCGCCGAGGAAACUACAUGGAAGCACAUCAGGUGUCUGUGGUGUUUGACCUGGAGGCGUCUGCCUGUUGUGGCGAGCUGGUCUUCAUGGAGCGCUACAAAGAGGUUCUGGUGGAGUUGGGGCAGGUGGAGCAGAAGAUGGAAAGUCAGUCCAUGUCUUCAUCAUCUUCCUCAUCAGAGGGCUUGGGGUCUGCAACUGUGACGGGCACAGGGAGGACACGGCUGGGGAGCAGUGGCCGGUCAACGCUGCAGGCCAUUGGAAGUGCUGCUGCUGCAGGAGUUGCUUUCUAUUCCAUCUCAGACAUAGCAGACCGUCUCCUGAGCACUCCAGCUUACCCUCUGCCCACCCUGGAAGAAGGCUACUGGCUGAGCCACUGCCCUUCGAAUGCCUCUGGUCUGCUCUACAAGCUGCUUGAGGAGCUCAGUCCUGCAGCAAUGGCAGCCUUCGACUUGGCUUGCUGCCACUGUCAGCUCUGGAAGACGUCCCGACAGCUGCUGGAGACAGCUGAACGGAGGCUCAACAGCAGCCUUGAGGCUAGAGGAGUAAGAGUUGACCUUAAAGUACCUCAUUCGGAGGGGAUCUGUGGAUUUCCAAUGGUAUUACAACAGAUCAGCAAGAUCUUGAAUCAUUCAGCCACUCAUAAGGGCUCUGUCAAAACAGAAGCAGUUGGGGAAGACAAAGGGUUUGCCAAUCCAUUUGGUUGCUGCAUUCAAGAAGUGCUGCUCUGUUACCAACCAACACUUAGUGAAGAGAGCAUUGCUGCACGGCUUGGCCUCACUCAGCGUCUGGAGAGCACCCUGCACCAUCUGAGUACUGCUACAGAUGGCACAGAGGGCACUGUGGGCAGCGCUCUUCUGGCACUGCUGGUUGAACAGGCCAGUCUGAAGCAAUCUGAGCUGGACGCUCAUCCCGUGCGGUCUAGCAUGAAACAGCUACUUCGUUCUCUAGAUCAACUCUGCCCCUUUGAGCCAGAUGGAGAACUUGCCAGACCAGAUUAUGUGCGCAGUUUUCUCGACUACGUCAACACACUAGCUUCUGUGUUAGUGCGUAGCCUCUGUUCAGAAGACCAGAACAGGGAAGUGAAGCUUGGGAAUCCACUGCUGGUGUUGCUUCAAGCUCCGUUUCAGCUUCUCUCCCACCUGCUGUUUGACAGACAAGUCUCUCCUGACAGAGUUCUGUCCUUGCUGCAGCAGGAGGGUCUGCGACUGAACGUCCAGCAGGUGAUUGUCCGGAGAUGCUGUGAGGUUCUGCCGGUGUGGACCUCCUGUCCAGGCGAUGAAGCAGACUCCAGUCAGGCCAAGAAAGAUGACGGAGCGUUCAGUGUCACUGCUUUGUCUCGCCUGCUCCAACAGCAUGCUCAGGAUUACAUGACGACUCUGGGACUCUCAGAGCCUCUGUCCGAUGCCAGCUCUGAGUCUGAGGCAUCAUUGGAAGAUCUCUCUACUACGCCCACCAACCUCUCAACAUCUCCACCCUCUCAGUCAUCAUCUUUCUCUUCUUCAUCUUCCUCCCCAAAUUCCUUCGUACUUACAGCAUCAGCCCUUUCUUUCCUAAAGUCUCGUUCCCCUCUGCUUGCCACACUGGCAUGCUUGAGUGCCUGUAAAGGAGAAACUGUAAAGGAAAAACAGUCCUCAGGGUGGUCUGGAUAUUUCCGCAGCGGCCGUAAAGAGGUUGUCCUAGAUGCAGAGCAGAUUUCCCGAGAAGCUGAUGGCCUGCUUAAAGACUUUCCUAUCCUGCGGGCUUACCUUCACACCAUGGCUGAACCAGUGCUGGGCACCGCAUUAAGCGAGGGGCAGGAAGGUCCUGCUGGACUUGGAGCAGUUAUUUGUGGAAAACCACUUGUAAAUCUCCUGCUGUCUGGACCUCAAGAAGAGGUGGCUCAGGUGGUGGCUGCUGAGGCUUUUCAGAAGGCUCUUGACUCCAGAGACGUGUCCAGAGCCCUCACUUUGCUGGAGCUGUAUGGGCAAAACUCCAACCAGGAGAGGGCGCUCAGAGACCGCCUACUCGCCUGUGCUGCUCUUUACGAUGGAGAUGAUGGUAUCGAUCAGCUGUUCCGAGUGAAGGAUGCUAACCUGAGAGCCCGAGUUGCCCUCCAGGAUCUGGAGCGGUGGUCUCUGUCAGCUUGUCUGGAGCUGAUUGAAUUUUGCCUGAAUGACCCAAAUACAGAAACAUCACUGAAAACAGACCUAGAGAUUAGGAAAAAGGAAUUAAGCAUCUACUUGCAGAUGAUGAAUUUACACCCUCCCUUACCCUGGACGACUUGGCAGGAGCUGAGGACACAAUCCAAAACAAACCCGGAGUCAGUGUUAUCUAUGAUGUUGGGAGCAAAAGAGUUUGUUCUUUGUGAAGACUGGGUGCAGCUCUAUCCUGUAUCUGACCAGCUGAGAUUGCAGCUGCAGACCGAGCAUCUGCUGUGUCUACUGGAGCAGGGACAGCUGGACGAGGCUUUUCAGCUGCUCGAGGGCAUCUCAGACUUUGUAGUUGGCCUGGACGUUUGUGAGCGGGCUCUGGAUAGCCGCCCCGGGUUAGCUGCGUGCCACUUCCUGGCUGACUACCUCACCCUGCAUUUCCAGAGGCAUGUGUCCCCAGCACGUCGACAACACAUUCAUGCUCUUCAUCUGGGCUCUAAGGUGUUGCUGACUCUGCCGCCAGCAGUCAGGCAGGACUAUUUCCCUCUACUCUCUGAGCCACUGUUGAUGCUCGAGCAGCUUUUGAUGAAUUUGAAGGUGGACUGGGCAGAGGUGGUGGUGCGAACCCUGCGGAACCUGCUGGUUGGCCAAGAUGCAGGCCUUAGCGCUGAGGACAUCGAUAAGCUUCUGGCAGACUACGCCUGCAAAGCCCUUGACUUCUCCUGUGCUCCCAAGGAGAGAUCUCGAUCUGACUCUGUAAUCAGCCUCCAGGAUGCAUUGAUGCAGUGCCCCGCUCAAGAUAGCGCCUCUCAGUCAUCCAGCCGAAUCGAAUCCCCGUCAUCUUCUUCAAGCAGCACCCCUACACACACAUUGUCUGUAAACAGCGGCGACAAGGAGAAGGAUCGUGGCUCAUCAGGGCGAAAGCGCCCCUCCUCUGCCAAGUUCCAGCCUCCAGAUCAACCCCCAGCCCGCAAGGACUGGGUCCCUGACAGCCAGCAGGACGUGUGUAUGGUCUGCCGCCGUGAACGGUUCACCAUGUUUAACAGGCGUCAUCAUUGUCGUAGAUGUGGCCGUCUGGUUUGUCAGGCAUGUUCUGAGCAGAAGAUGCUUGUUGAUGGAUGUCCAGGAGAGGAAGUCAGAGUCUGUGACCAGUGUUACAACUACUUUCACGCAGCUUCUGACAAUGAGCUUGAACCUGCUGAAGUAGCUGGAAGCCCUGUGGUCACAGUGGAACCUCUGGAUGGGCUGCUGUGUCUGCCUGAAGUGAUCCAUCGACAGUUCCAGCUCAGCACAAACACUGCGGAGAACCAGCUGCUGCGGAGCGAGUUCUACUACGAGCAGGCUCCCAGUGCACACCUCUGCGUGGCCAUCUUGUCCCUGCACAGUGACCAAACCGCCUGUGGUCACCAGCUCAUCAGCCACUGCCGAUCCCUUUCGCGGAAGUUGACCAACCCAGAGGUGGAUGCCUGCAUCCUCACCGAUAUCAUGCGGCAGCUUUUGUUCAGCGCCAAGUUGAUGUUUGUGAAAGUCGGCCGCAGCCACGAUCUCGCCUUGUGUGACAGUUACAUCAGUAAAGUUGACGUACUGAAGAUUCUCGUGACGGCCAAUUACAAGUACAUUCCUUCUCUGGAUGACAUUCUGGAGUUGUCUGCUGUUGCACGCCUUCGUAAUCAGCUGCUGGAAGCAGAAUACUACCAGCUAGCAGUGGAGGUGUCAACCAAGAGCGGCCUUGACCCUGGUGGUGUGUGGCAGGCCUGGGCCAUGGCAUCUCUCAAAGCAGGGAAUCUUUCAGGAGCAAGGGAAAAGUUUGGCCGAUGCCUGAAACCUCCAUUGGACCGAAAUCAGCUCAACCUGGGUCCCUCUCUGCUGCAGGAGGUUGUCCAUCAUCUAGAGACCACUGUCCGCCCCACUCAGGGCACGUCUUAUGGUGAAGAUAUACUGGCAUCCCUACAAGAGCUGGAGGAUGCUCUCUCCGAGGUCAGUCCUGUGGAGAAACAGGAGGGACCAGCUCAGAGCAGCCACCUCCACCAGGAGUGUCUCUACUACCUGAACACAUACGGCACUCACCUGGCACUGGUCAGCUUCUACAUGCGUCAUGAAUGUAUGACAGAGGCCCUGACUUACCUCCUCAACAAGGACUGCCCAGAGGAGGUCUUUAUUGAAGGCGUGUUGCAGCCCAGUUUGGAGCGGGGGCGUCUUAGCAUGCUACAGGGCAUAAUGGAAAAACUGGACCCCAGCCUGGAAGCAUGCAGCCGCUACCUCAUCGCCUCCUGCCAGUUCCUGCAGCGGCGGGGAUACUAUAACUGUCUGUACCAGCUCCAGCAGUUCAUGAUGGAUCACGUGCGUGCUGCUAUGACUUGUAUUAGAUUCUUCACACAAGGAGCAAGUUCAUACCUACAGCUGGGAGAGCGGCAGCGCUGGUUGGUCAGAGCCAAAGAGCACCUGAAGACAUAUCUGCAGGAGCAGCAAGGUCGGGGUGGCGCGAGGAGAAAGUCAUCGGUCGGCUCUUUCAGGAAGAUGAUGUCAUCCAGUGAUGUGUCCAGGCACAUGAAUACAAUCGAACUCCAGCUGGAGGUGACGCGUUUCCUCCACCGCUGUGAGACUGCCACAUCCUCCAAAGCCUCACAGACCAGCACAGCAUCUUCCAAGUCCUCAGGAUCCAGUUCCCCACCAACACUGUUUGGUGGAAGCCAGAUGAAGAUUGAGGUUGCCUGCAUGGUGAUGCUUGGAGGAAAAAACAUUGAAGAGGGAUUUGGGAUUGCUUACAGAGUCAUACAGGACUUUCAGUUGGAGGCCCAGGCCGUCUACGUCCGGGCCGGCCAACGGCUUGUCCGUCAGCGGCAGUAUGGAGCCGUGCGGCAGCUGCUGAAAUGUGUGAGCGAAUCAGGCACCGCCACCAAGAACGACUGCGACAGCCUCAUCCUCAGCUGUGUCUCCAUCGCAGAUAAAGUCCCAGCUGAUGCCAAGGACCUGGAAAGUCUCAUUCUGGAGAUAAAGAGCACAGAAAGCAAGAUCAAAGCUUACCUGGAGUGCAGCAAGCUGAGGCCGGCAUACCUGCUGGCAGUGAAGCUGGAGACGAGCAGAGCCAGGCCAUUGGUCCAGGAAGUCCUUCAAGCAUCUGAGGGAGCACAGGACUCUGUGAUGCAGAAUAUCUGCCGCCAGUGGCUCUCUGAACAUAACAAGUCACUUCAGCAGCAUCAGAACCGACCCAAUGCAAGGUAAAAGCAGGGCCGGUGAAGCAAAAGAGCACUCAGGCGGUGCUUAAAGAGGAGCAACAUAUCAAGUGCAAAAGUGCAGGGUUUACAGAGAGAUUAAAAGUUACUACAAUAUCUGCAAAAUUGAUAUUCCCAGCAUUUUUAACGCCCUUCUGUUAUUCAUAUCUAAAAAAGAAUUAUAAUAAUGAUAAUAAAAGAAAGUGGAAUAAAUUAAUAAUCAUUACAUAAAUCCUUGGACAAAGCGACCCCCCGGUAAGAACUGUGGCUGACAGGAUGCUAACUCUUUAGCACACACUUUUAAUAACACACUUCAGUUUUCGCUUUAAAAGACUACUCCACCAAUGCACAAAAGCCAAAGCUGCAUUCCUCUUCAUCCGUAUCCCUCAGCAUCAUCACCAACAAUACAAUAAUCUGUCUGCCAGCAAUUCACAAUGUAUGUUCUCUUAAAUGCAGCGGCUGCAGUUUUCAGCUGCUUGUUUCCAGCAGAGAUGAAAAAGGAAUUAUAGUUAUCUCAAGCUCACUACAAAUCGAACGAGUUAAUCCCCAAACUACUGUGAAUAAAGUCACUCAUCUUCCUGCAGAUUAACUAAAACUCGUUUUACAUUUGCAGUUGUACUCGACACAACUAGCACAGUGAUUUUCUUUCACAGUAUCCGUAGCCAAAGAAGGGAAACUAACCCAUCUGUACUGAUGCUCAUUUUUCCCUCUUUCUCAUAUCUUUUGAAAUGUAGUGUUAUUAUUAAUAUACAUCUAAUAGUUGCUUAGUUUUUCUGUUUAUAUUUUCUCUGAGAUCAAACUAAUUCCCUCUACUGUACCAGUCAAAAUUAUGUGCUAAUGAGUUAGCAUUGGGCUCUGAAGGGACUAACUUACUUCACUAUCAAAAUAUUGGAAACCCUGGACAGGUGCAGAAGGUUUUUUGAGAUCAGAACCUCUAAAACCCCUGUUAUUACUUUGUGUUUUAGUUUGAGUAGCCUCCCAGCUCAUGUAAAGAUGUGAAUCACCGCUGUGCUUUAAUCGGGAAAUGUUUUAUUAUCUCUAACACACAAUAUUUGGUAGGAAGGAAUGAUAAUUAUCUCUACAUACCAGAAAUGAACAUGGCUUUGUAAAAAGAUACAGUCAAGCUUGGAUGACAUGCAAAUUUGUGUCCUACCUCAUCCUAAAGGGAAAAUAUCUUUUAACUGAAAGGCUUUUGACAAACAUGUUUUUUUUAUCCUUAUUGUUUGUGUAUGUGUGUGUGUGAAUAAAGUUUGCACUUCUGCCAAGAAUGUUACAAACCCUGAAGAAGCUGAGAAGUGUUGGAUUGAAAAUGAGGCAGUUUACCUGUUUUACAUGUGCAGAACAUGUUGUGUUCAGCUUUUAAUUAAACAAUUUAGAGAAUUCAAGGGCAUUUAAGAUGUUUCUGAGAAAUUUCCAGGGACACAUUAAUAUUUUGGGUAGGAUACAGAAAGGGACCUUCUCUAUAGAUUAUUAACUACGUUAGCAAAGACCCCUCAGAUGUUGGUCAUCAUGUUUUUGCUUUGCUUUUGUGGGGUGACAUGACCCAGAUCUAUAUUAUUUAAAUGAAUAGUAACUGACUUAAAUACAUAAAAAGGGAUUCAUCCUGAAAACACUUGUUUUUGAUUAACAUGACAAUCAACUGAUGUUGCUAAAGCUGCCUUUUCAAUUCUGUGUAUUUCAGUAUUUUGUUCACACUUCUCUGUGUAGAGGACGUAGUGUUGUUCUUUGCCUCAUGUCCAUCUGCUGUACCAGAGACAGAUAUUCCUGUUAUACUGAGUGCUCAGUGAGGACUAAUGAAGACUUGAGAUGCACUCUGUCCUCCUUAACUUUUGCUGUGACUCAUCACUGCCGCACUUUAU